AUGGGCAUCUUCCAGCUGGAAGACUUUGCGGCGGGCUGGAUCGGAGGUGCAGCCAGUGUCAUCAUCGGCCACCCCCUGGACACGGUCAAGGCUCGCCUGCAGGCCGGUGUGGGCUAUGGGAACACGCUCAACUGCAUCCGCACUGUGUACACGAGGGAGAGUGUGUUUGGCUUCUUCAAGGGCAUGUCCUUCCCCCUUGCCAGCAUCGCUGUCUACAACUCAGUGGUGUUCGGGGUCUUCAGUAACACAGAGAGGUUCCUCAGCCAGCACCACAGCAGGGAGCCUGAGGCCAGUUCAACCCGUGCCCUGUCUGACCUGAUUCUGGCCAGCUCUGUGGCCGGCGUGGUCUCUGUUGGGCUGGGCACACCCGUGGACUUAAUCAAGAUUCGUCUGCAGAUGCAAACACAGCCGUUUCGGGGAGCCAGCCUCGGUUUGAGUUCCAGGGCAGCAGCUCUCGGGGAGCAGCCAGCCUACCAGGGGCCUGUGCACUGCAUUGCAACCAUCGUGCGCACCGAGGGCCUGGCAGGAAUGUACCGGGGUGCCAGUGCCAUGCUGCUGAGGGAUAUCCCAGGCUAUUGCCUCUACUUCAUCCCCUACGUGUUCCUGAAUGAGCUGAUCACACCCGAGGCCUGUGCAGGCCCCAGCCCCUGUGCCGUGUGGCUGGCAGGCGGCAUGGCAGGAGCAAUUUCUUGGGCGGCAUCAACUCCUAUGGAUGUCAUGAAAAGUCGACUCCAAGCUGACGGGGUUUAUUUAAACAAAUACAAAGGUGUCCUGGACUGUAUCUCCCAGAGUUACCAGAAAGAAGGUCUUAAAGUGUUUUUCAGGGGCAUCACGGUAAACACUGUCCGGGGAUUCCCUAUGAGCGCAGCCAUGUUCCUGGGAUACGAGCUCUCGCUGCAGGCCUUGCGCAGGGAUCACGCGGUGACAAGCCCGUGA